UCCCGUCUCUGUCUCGUCCUCACCACCUUCGUCUUCUUGCUCUGGAUUCCCUUCUUCCUGCUGCAAUUGGACUUUGAAUCAGUAUAUCUGCUCUGAUAACACACUUACAAUGUCUCUCUCUUUCGUCGAACCCCUCCGCAGCUCCUCGCGCUCCCGGAAACUCGGAGUCCGCGGCUCCUCCUCACGGUCACGUUCCCGAGGACCCUCCACCGUCCGCUCGCCUUCCCGCUCGGCCAUGCGCUCGCCGAGCGCGCCGCGUCGACGGAGCUCGGCCGGAUCAGAUACUCCUCAGAAAUUCCAGAAACGUGUCGGCUUCGACACCUUCGACAACAAGGAUGCGACCGACUUUUCUCUUACAUUACAGGCCAAGCAUGCCGAUUACACCUACACCCGUCUCUCGCGUACCUUCCUCUGCGGCACCGAUCAGAACGAUUACUCCGAUUAUGCGCUCGAGUGGCUGCUAGACGAGCUAGUCGACGAUGGUGACGAGGUUGUCUGUCUCCGGGUCGUUGAUCCGAAUGCCAAAAUCUCCAGCUCGGACUCUUCUCUGCAGGAGAAAGUGUACCGCGAUGAAGCGUACAAGUUGUUGAGCGACAUUAUGGAUAAAAACGAUGAAGAUAAGAAGAUCUCUCUCAUUCUCGAAUUCGCAGUCGGAAAAGUCCAAGACAUGAUCCAGCGCAUGAUCGAGAUCUACGAGCCCGCCGUCCUCAUCGUCGGCACCCGCGGCAAGUCCCUCAACGGAUUCCAAGGCCUCCUUCCCGGAUCGAUCUCAAAGUACUGUCUUCAGCACUCCCCCGUGCCAGUCAUCGUCGUCCGCCCGAGCGGCAAGCGCGAAAAGAAGAAAUUGAAACGUCAGGCUGAUCCCUCGAGACGGACAUACAUGGAUAUCGUCGAAAACUCAAAGUCCGUGUCAACCCGGACACUUACAGAUUCCGGCCACGAGACAACCGCAAAUAAAGUCGAACCGACGCCGUCCGCGAGCAGCUCCUCUUCAAAUAUCGCCAGCGCAGCCACGUCUGUCACGGAUCUUUCCAAGCUCGAAAAGGUCCAUAGCGUGCCUGAUUCAUCAUCAACUAAUCUCGUCAACAGCCUGGGGCAUAUGUCCCUGCACCACCACCACCACCAGUCCCAGCAAUCUCCCGCCGAUAGUCCACAAGAGACCGGUUUUGCCGCCGCGGAUGCUGCUAGAGCUGCCUUGGCAGCCGCGAGGAAAAGCUCGGUUACAGAUUCCACUGCGACGGCCCCUGCUGAGGCUGCCACUUCCGCAGCACCAGCGGCACCGCCAGAGAUUGUCAUCGAUGAUGCCGAGGACGAACAGACGCCGUCGCGAGAAACUUCUGAUCCGUUGAACAAACGUCCGCAGAACGACGACGAUGAUACAGGUCGGUGAACCCAUGACUGAAGAUCAGGAAAAAAAGGAGAUUGCUAGAUAGUUUGGUUGUUACAUUAGCAAGCCUGGUUUUCUUAUGGAUUUACAUUGUACUAUGUGGCGUCUUGUGUUGUGUCUGGAUGUCUCUUUCUAAUGUUUUGAUUUGUCUUUUGUUUCUGUUGAUGUAGAUGUAUCAGUUUAUAGCAUAGUCUUGUUUUGAAAGUGUUUU